AUGGCGGCUCCUGCGAGCGUGAGGGUCUCGGGCCCUCCAAACAGUAGCUUUCUCGUGGGCUAUCCUGGCAUCUCGGCGACAUUGCCGCGCAUCGAAGGAAAAGUCGAGAUUCGUCCUGGUCAGGGCUUUUCGAUGCCUGUGCCCGUCUCCCUUGUUCGAAUAUGCUUACAACGUCGAGAAACGAUACACCCUGAUGCCGACAGCCUUGCGAAACGACACCUAGGCGCCCCUCGCCGCGAAACGACGGACCUGGUCGGCAAAGAGCAGCUUCUUUUUCGCUGCUCGUCUGGCAAAGAAGCUGAGAAGAUCAUUGCCAUGGAUCUGCCUUUUGUUCUCUUCAUCCCUUAUGGGCGUGGUGGGGAGGAGUCAAACCGACGAAUUCCUCCUGCGUCACUUCAGCUACCGAGUCGAACCGCCGAAACAUACUACGAGCUCGUCGUAACGGUUCAACAAGGCCACAGUAACCAAUACAAAUACACUUUCCCGAUACCGUUACAACGCUACGAUACGCUAUCAACAUUCGGCAUGUACAACAAGCCUGAAUCAAAGCUAGUUACCAACGACAAUAUCGUACACCUCGGCAUCAAUCUACCGCGAUGGAGUUAUGGGCCUAGCGAUCCUAUUACAGUAUAUAUCAAAUUAUCGCCCAACCUCGAUUGGCUAAGUAAGGCGAAGCGCGUGACGAUUGACAAGAUUACCUUGACAGUCGAGGAGGAAAUCACAUAUAAUCCUGAGGGUGACGAACCUUCGAAAAAGAUCAACAAAAUCUCAAGACAAGUACAAGUGGUCAAGACGAAAAUGCCAGAGGCUGGAUAUGCUACCAACGUUGGAUUGGUGUUUCCCUCCAAGGACCUACGAGACCCGGACGGUGUUGUCAAACGAGGCAAACCUCAAUUUCCUCUUUACGAGGUUACGUCCUUUACCACAACUUCAACGCUCUACAAGAUAGAAUUCUACUUGGUUAUCAAGGUUAAUCUUAGUGGUGCUCGAGAUGUCACGAUACGACAACCGAUCGUUAUCUGCCCACUCGACCAGCAAGCCUGUAAGGAGGAAAUGGAUGCCAUUGAACAAGCCGCAAAGGACGCCUCCCACGUCGACCCCAACAACCCGAUGCUCCCCGCGCCGACCGUUAUUCUCGCAAACGACCGCGAUUCAUUACGCGCAUUGGGGCUUUGCAUGGUGGGAGGGCAGAAGAAGCCAUUCAUCGAGUGA